CGCAUGACCUCUUCCAGGCUGCUGGAGUAGAAAGUGAGAGGUGUGGUUUGGUGUUACUCAACACACCUCAUGUAUGCAUCCCUCACUAUAAAAGCCACGAGAGUGAGAGGAGAAGAGCAAGUCAAAGCACCAUCAGCAUCACCAGCCAAUCUGCACCAGGAGACUUAGAAAAAAGCAACCAUGCUGAGAUUGUGCAUUAUGCUCACCACGCUCCUCUUCUGCUUGUUGGUGUUUUGGAGCACCUUUGCCGACGCUUACCCACCAAAACCGGAGAGUCCCGGGAGCAAUGCCUCUCCGGAGGACUGGGCCAAGUACCACGCUGCGGUCAGGCAUUAUGUCAACCUCAUCACCAGACAGAGAUAUGGGAAGAGGUCAACCCCUGAGCAGGCGAUGGCGUGGCUGCUGUUUGGGGCUGAUUCAAGCCAAGACUCUGAACCACGUUUGGAUUAUAACGACUGGUAAUUGACUCCAAGGAUAAGCCAUCCCCCUUAGAAAUCAAACAUUCAAAAUCACUGGGAUUCUGAGAAGAAAAUCUUAAAUCAAAUUUCAAUGUGUUUCAGUUACUCAAUAUGCAUGCAUGUUUUUCUCUCUCGCUCGCUCUCUG